AUGUCUACCUUUGAAACUUUAAUUAAAAGAGGUGGUAACGAAGCCAUCAAACUUAACCCUCCAACCGGUGCUGAUUUCCACAUCACCAGUCGUGGUUCCGAUUGGUUUUGGACAUGUUUCUGUUGUUACUUAUUGUUCGGCCUAAUUUUAACCGCCUUAAUGUUCAGAAAACCCGUUAACGACAGAUUCUUCUACUACACCGGUAUUGCUCCAAAUAUUUUCAUGUGUGUAGCUUACUUCACCAUGGCCUCUAACUUGGGUUGGAUUGCGGUUAAGGCUAAAUACAAUCAUGUUCAAACUUCUACCCAAAAGGAACAUCCAGGUUACAGACAAAUUUUCUACGCUAGAUAUGUCGGUUGGUUUUUAGCUAUGCCAUGGCCUAUUAUUCAAGUCUGUUUGCUAGGACAUACUCCAGUAUGGCAAAUUGCUUUCAAUGUUUGUAUCACUGAAUUCUUCACUGUUUGUUGGUUAAUUGCCGGUUGUGUUCACUCCACUUACAAAUGGGGUUACUACACCAUCGGUCUUGGAGCUGCCAUUGUCGUAUGUAUCAGUGUUAUGACUACUACUUACAACUUGGUGAAGCAAAAGGGGGAUAACAAUAUUAGAAUCGUCUUCCUCACUAUCUUCAGCAUCAUUAUGUUCAUGUGGAUCAUCGCUUACCCAACCUGUUUCGGUAUUACUGACGGUGGUAACGUUUUGCAACCUGAUUCUGCCGGUAUCUUUUUCGGUAUCAUCGAUCUAAUUGUUAUGUGUUUCAUCCCAACCUUAUUUGUUCCAAUUGCUUCUAACUUUGGUGCUGAAAGAUUGGGCUACCACUUCGGUGAUGACGCUUCUGAAUCACACGUGGGGUCUUUCACUCCUAGACCAGUUGCUAGUCCAAAACCAGCUGCCACUCCAAAGUUAGGUGAAAAGAAGGACAAAAAGAAGUCCAAGAAGAGCAAGAAAUCUAAGAAGUCUAAGAAGUCUGAGGAAUAG